UAGAGAAAUGAUGAAGCCACCCUCAACACACAUGAAGAUGUAAUUUUGAUUCACUUACGCAAACUCUAGGAUAUGUGGUAAUUAUGGUYCAAUUUGCCACUUGCUAUUCAAGGAGUAUUUGACCAGCCAAUGAACCCUUCAGCAAGUCAGCCAAUCUAUUCUUAACCGCUCGCUGUAGGCUUUAGAUGCCUACUAGUCAUUUGUGGUCGUUAUCUACAGAAUAAGUUUGUAAUAAGAGUGUCAACAUAAAUAUCCAAAGACUCACUUAUUUCUAGUAUAAAUAAAGCGAUGUAUCGGACUGGGGUCGAAUGUCUCACUCCUCUUCCAGCGCCAUGGAUUGCCUGAGCUACCAACUUGUGUUUUGCGUUAUUUUAUUAAACGCUGAGAUUUUAAUAGCAAUGACGAAAGAYAAAUCAAAGGAGCCAGUAAUUUUGGUAUCGUUUGAUGGUCUUGGAUGGAAAGCACUGGAAAGCAACCUCACAAAGACGCCCAAUUUUGACUUCAUUGCGAAAAGCGGAGUCAAAGCGAAAAACCUCAUAGGUGUUCAYCCAGUUAAGUCGUUUCCAAUUCAUACAACAUUUCUUACUGGUCUAUACCCCGAAAGCCAUGGAAUUGUUGACAACAAGUUCUGGGAUCCGAAAUAUCUAUCGAAGUUUAUCAUGGAGCACGACUGUUCUAAUUUCGACCCUAAGUACUACAACGAGUCGGAGCCAAUUUGGAAGACGCUUGAACAGCGUGGUAGACGAACAGGGGCAUAUUUUUGGCCUGGAAGUACAAGUUACGGACAAAACCCAACGUUUUACGCGCAAGAAUUCUGUAACAUUGAUUGCGAAARAUACACUGCCCCAAUGAUGAUGGARUAUCUGAGACUCUAUUUUAGGGUACAUUGUUUUUUUAACUGGGCUAAAUCUUAUCAGAGGAGAAUUGAUACCAUCGUGGACGAAUGGCUUAUGUCUGAGGAUCCGCCUGAAUUGGUUCUCCUGUACAUCGAGGAACCUGAUGUAUUGGGCCAYAAAAAAGGCCCMAACAGUAAAGAAUACCUCAAAAAAAUCGAGUCCCUCGAUAAAGAUGUGUUGGGGUAUCUCUUACAACGGUUAAAAGAUCGCAAACUUAUCGAAAGCACUAAUGUUAUCGUAGUAUCAGAUCAUGGAAUGGUCGAGACUACAAACAAGCGUCAAAUUCGACUCCAUGAUUAYAUAASUCCAGACGACUACUUCAAUAACAUUGCGGCACGAGAACACAUUUGGCCAAAACCGAAMAAAUUUGAAGAAGUGUAUAGAAAAUUAAAAGCGGCCAAAAAUCCUCACUUUAAAGUUUACAAAAAACAAGAUAUUCCUGAGAAACUCCAUUUUAAGAAYCAUCGUCGAAUUCCACCAAUUUAUUUAGUUAUUGAUGAAGGCUGGCUCAUGCGACCAGACUGGAACGCGCUGGCRGAAGGGGAAUGGACYGAGGGGACCCACGGCUGGCCGCCGACGGAGAAUUCCGCGGGAAUAUUCUACGCAAGAGGUCCGGCRUUUAAAAGAGACUACAGUUCGCCGAAGUCCGCACACGCCAUUGAUAUCUACUCGUUGCUGUGUUAUCUUUUAGAUGAGGASCCUUUACCGAACAAUGGAACUAUAUACCACAUGGCUGAAUUUUUACGUGGCAAYGAGACGUAYAAUUUCAGCAAGCUAUGGCCRUAUGAAGUAAGUAUACGAAACCAGAUUAAAAAAAUACAUGACCAUGAGGAAAUAAUUCGUCCCGAAAGCMCUAAAAGUAAAGCGCCUGACGAGCGAGAACCAAUUGGAAAAUCAUCUUCUCAGGCUUUAGCAACUCGGGGGCCAACUCGAGGGCUUGCUGUGCUACCCUAUUUACCACACAAGGCAUCAAUAUCCCAUACAUUUAAGCCGCAUUUGAGCCAGCCUUUAAGCAUAACUAAUAGUCACGUAGGGGAAUAUUCACAAGGCUUGAGAUCRCAUAGAAUAAAGGAUUCCUUUGCAGUUUCGCAUUCCAUAGAGAAAACAAGAACCGCAUCAAGAAAAGUAGCACAGUCGACGCGACUAUCGUGGGAGAAACCAAGAUCUCGUAGUUUUUUCUUGACAUUGGUUGCACCAACGAUGACAAUAACAGGGGUUGAUGCAACAACAACUUCAUCAAAAGCAACGUCAUCGAAAACAACAACUUUAGCUAACAAUAAGGCAGCAAUUACAAUAACAACAACAACAACAAACGCAGGAACUGCCCCAAAGAAAACAAAGAAUUUACAGCGCAGCUUUUCAAUAAUUAAAUUGACGUCGAUGUCAGGUGUGAAACAAAAAACACAAACGACGAAAAAUGCAAAAAUUGCUCCCAGAAUAACAACAACAACGACUAUAACAACAAGAACGACAACAACAACAACGACAACAACAACAGCAGAAUUAUUCAAACUUACAAAAGUGCAUAUCACUAAACCAAAMGGACUAAAAACAACAGAAAAAUCCGCGAAGACAGCAAGCUCUUUUGAUGGUUUAAAGCAUGGAACACAAGUUUUCCCGAGUGCUACAACGCUGAUACCAUCACCUAAGCUAUCGUUAGCGAAUGGUUUAACAACGUUACCAAUUACGUUACUUAAUACACCCAUACUGAUAACGACUGAAGACGCAACGAGACAGAAACACAGACGUAAAAAAUAUAACACAAACCGGCAACGUGAAUUGAUAAAAACGCUACAAAACAAAGUACGUAUUACGCCGACUCUAAAAACGACAAAGCACGCUAAGACACAAAAACACAGGCAAGAAAAACACGACAUUAACCGUGAAAUGACAAAAACAAAUGAAGAAACAGCGACUGUAACUGUGACUGCAACUGUCACUGUCACUGUUGAGUUGUUUACGACAUUAAAUGUUGAAAAUGUCCCAUCUGCGGUUAACCGACAAUACGAAACCGACCAUCAUCGUUAUGAUAAGAGUAAAUCUGUUGAAAAUGUCCCAUCUGCGGUAAACCGACCAUACGAAACCGACCAUCAUCGUUAUGAUAUGAGUAAAUCAGUAGCCCCAACGCACAAACCUGUAAGAACUUUCAAUACGGUAUUUACAUCACCGGCGACAAARGUCCCUAUUGAAACUAGAGUUUCUUUACAAAGAGCCAAGCACACUAAGGCGGGGUUAACGCUAGCGGGUUACACAUCACAUCCGGCAUCAGAAUAUUCACCCAACAAAAGUACUUCAGACAAAGGUGACGCGAUUUUGACAAGGAAGCAAAUACAAGCACUGAAGGAAAUAUUCACAAAGGUAUCGAAAAGGAAAAAAAUUAUUUUAGAGACAAUAUUGAGUCCAUUUACUAUAACURCGGUCCAGUCAUCUUCAGAGUUCGAAUUAUCGGGGUUCGUUYUAUAAAAGGUUCGAUAUCGAAAGAAAGAAUUAUCAAGAGCAAUGRCAMUAUCUACAAAGCAUGGAAAUACUCCGGAAAAAUUUUCGGAAAGAGAAUUUCGUAAUGCAUCUUCAGGGAGCCU